GGAUAUUAAAAUUAAUAAGAGCAUGGAUUCGUUAUCAUGUCACUUGGGACUUUGAUUGGAGAGUUUCCCAGUGACGUAGCUGAUGAGAUAUGUGCAGCUUUUGCUAAUUUACCGCAGAAGGUAAUCUGGAGGUAUAAAGGGCACCGACCGGCCACUCUGGGCAACAACACUUUACAUAAAAGUAUAAAACAUCUUGUAAGACACAGAGGAACAAAUGCAAUAUAUGAGGCCAUAUAUCAUGGAGUACCAAUGGUAGGCAUUCCCAUUGUUUUUGAUCAAGCCGACAACCUUUCUAGACUCAGAGCAAAGGGUGUUGCAGAGGUUAUGAAUGUUUCUGAAUUGAACACCAAAAACUCCCUGAAUGUAAUGCAGGAGGUGUUGAAGGAGCCCUCCUACAGGAUGAACAUGCAGAGGCUCUCCAGGCUGCACAGAGAUCAGCCCAUGAAGCCGCUGGAUACCGCCCUCUUCUGGAUGGAGUUUGUCAUGAGGCACAAAGGUGCAGCUCACCUGAGAACAGAGUCCUACAGGAUGCCCUGGUACUCCUACCACUCUGUGGAUGUGAUGCUAUUUUUAUUGACAAUCGCAGUGGUUGCUUUGUUAUUGGUUGCUGCGUUACUGUGGUCAUGCUUUAGAUUGUGUUGUAAAAGAAAAGUAAAAUUGGAUUAA